AAUGAAGGGAUUAUUGUCAGAUCCGCUAGGAUGGCAACAAUACACAAAGUGUCAAGUCAGCACACUCUCCGACCUUUAAAAAGCGGUGUAUCGUCCCAAGAUCCCAUCUCUGUAUCAGUUAUCCUUCGCUCUUGCUGGCUCUUUGUCGCUCUCCGCCUCCUGGCUUUGCUCACCGCCUUCGUUUCUGCCGACGCGUUCGACAGCGCCACAUUCGCGUGAACCGCCAGGCCCUACUGUGCGUGCAGGGACGUGAUUUGGGGAC